AAACACCGCUUCAAGGUGGUGGACCAGAGCACCAACCCGCCGCCGCUGGAGCUGCCGCCCGACGCCAGCAGUCUGGUGCUGCCCGAGGCCGACUGCAGGCGCCACUACAUGCUCUUCACCAACAGCGCUGGCAGGGUCACCAAAAGCUGGAUGUGUGGGAUCUAGGAUGGUGCUGAUGCGCCACUGCGCCUGCCACUCGACCCUGCGGCCGUACGUCUGCGGCGUCUGCCAGAAGCGCUUCAGCCGGGCAACGGCGCUCGUCCAGCACGGGCCCGUGCACUCGGCACACAAGCGCUUCGCCUGCCACUGCGGCAAGCGCUUCCACCAGAAGGCGAACUUGGUAGUCCAUCAGCGGACGCACCAAAACUUGAGCAAGAUGUCCGCGGCAAGCAAACUGGCGAGCUCGCGCCCAGCCUCGCCGCCACACCAUCCGAUCUUCAAAUGUUUCAACUGCGACAGUGAACUGGACUCACUGCAGGCCUUCCGGGAUCACCAGCAGAGGUGCACCCCUUUACUGCCGGCGCUGCCGCCUCGGAGUCAGAACAACACCCUGGAUACAAACCACUGCCUGAAUUCAGGAGGACAGGAGGACUUGCCUGGCGGGCUGCUACGCAGGCUCCUCAGCCUCGGCGAAGGCCUGGAGGGGCGGCGACCGGCCAGUCCGGCGGCCGAGCUCGCUCUGCAACCGCUUCCGCCGCCGCCACCGCCGCCGCCGCCCAGUCCGGCACUCGGACGGGUGCAGACUGGUCUACCGCUGGGGCAGCUGCAGGCUGGUCUGCCGCUGGGGCGGCUACAGACUGGUCCGCCGCUGGGGCAGCAGCAGGCUGGUCUGCCGCUGGGACAGCUGCAAGCCGUUCUGCCGCUGGGACAGCUGCAGGCUGGCCUGCCGCUGGGACAUCUGCCAGCCGCUCUGCCGCUGGAGCAGCUGCAGACUGGUCUGUCGCUGGGGCAGCUGCAGGUCGGUCCGGAACAGCUGGAACAGCUGCAGACCGGUCCGGAGCAGCUGCUGACCGGUCCGGGGCAGCUGCUGACCGGUCCGAAGCAGCUGCAAACUGGUCCGGCACUGGGGCAGCUGCAGACCGAUUCUUUGCUUGUGCAGCUGUCUCCACAGCCAACGCCCGUACCCGCCGCCGCGCAGCAGGAGAUGUCGAAACUCAGACAGGUCUCCGGCGUGCUGAUGGUGGGCCCGAUCCAGACGCGCUCGAUGCGGCUGGCGCGCGCGCGCAACAUGCAGCCGUUCGCGCUGCUGCGGGCCGACGGCGAGGAGCCGACCCUGGCCCGCGUGCUGCGCACUGCCGACCGCCGAGAGCUGCUGAUCCCGGCCACCACGGAGGACCUGCGGCACCUGCAGCGGCAGCAGGGCGGCGGCGGCCCCGGGCACGACCGGGUCGACGUUCCGGUGGUUGCCGUGGUUACGCAGUACCACAGCUCCGACGGCACGCACCUGCACGUGCAGCCGCCGAGCUCGGAGCGUCCCGACUGCUCGGAGGUGGCCGUCUCUCAGAUCGAGGUGCCGCUGACGGACGACGGGCCGCCGCCGGCCUCCUGCCGACGGGAGCAGCUUCUCUCGAUGCCGACGAGCGCCGAGCUCCUCAGCACCGAAGCCGACGGCCCGGCGAACGCGGCCGACGACGGGCCCGGGCGGGCCGUCCCGCCGCCGAGCGUAGCCGACAUACUGUCGAGGGGAGCCGACAGAACGGCGGGGACUGAUGGUCGGCCGAGAGCGACCGGAGCUCUGGCGGGGGGCGCAGACGCUCUGGCGGGAAAGGCCGGCGUGGUGCCGACGGACGCGGAGGUCCUGCCGAAGGAAGCCGGCCUGCUGCCUGGCGGGCUCCAGCUGCAGCUGCCGACCGAGCUCGACGCUCUGCCGAGAGGAUCCGACGCCUUGCCCGCUGGAGUCGACAUGCCGCCGUUAGGAGGCGACAUGCUGCCGAGAGGGGCCGAUUCGCUGCCCGCCGGAGCCGACAUGCCACUGUUAGGAGCCGACAUGCCGCGAAGGGGAGCCGAUUCGCUGCCCGCCGGACCCGACAUGCUGCCGUUAGGAGCCGACAUGUUGCUGUUGAGAGCCGACAUGCUGCCGAGAGGAUCCGCAAUUCUUGCCGAGGAAGCCGCCGUGCUGGCAGGAGCAGCCGAGGGGCAGUCAGAUGGAGCUGACCUGCUGUCGGCCGGUGAGUCAGAUGGAGCUGGCCUGCUGUCGGCCGGUGAGUCAGAUGGAGCUGACCUGCUGUCGGCUGCCGGCUGA